UCAGUUUCAUCCAACAGAGCAAAGAUGCAGUGGAGUCUGCUCCUUGUGAUGGGUCAGUGUUACUUCAUCUCAUGUCAGCUCUACCAGUACCACUAUGUUGAAGAUACAAAGAACUGGACAGAAGCUCAGGAGUACUGCAGAGAAAAAUACACUGAUCUGGCCACAGUGUCUAACAUGAAAGACAUGAAGAGACUCCUUGAAGAAUCUACAGGGAAUCAAACUGAAGCCUGGAUUGGACUGAACAACAGAACAGAUGUCAACAGGACUUGGCACUGGUCUCUACCUGGAGUGGAGUUUAAAGAUAAUGGAACAAGAUGGUAUGAUGGUGAACCAAAUGAUCAUGGAAAUGUUGAGAACUGUGUUGGAACUAGAAACAGCAAAUGGUUUGCUGAAGAACUUUGA